GCACCAAGGGAAGCCCACCUGUCUGUCUGUCCCACUGUCCAUCCGCUCCAUGCGUGCAGUGGACGGGGCAAAGAUGCUGCGCUUGUUCGGCCGUGCUGCACGCUGCUGGGGGGUGAGGUGGGCACCAUCGGGGCCAGAGCAGGCACCACAGGGGGCCCAGCACCCCAUGGACAUGCAGAGGUCAUGCUUCUCCAGCACCGCUAGGAUGGCCACCUGGCCCAAGGAAGUGGGCAUCUUGGCACUGGAGGUGUACUUCCCUGCCCAGUAUGUGGAGCAGGAAGAGCUGGAGCAGUAUGACGGUGUGGAGGCGGGCAAGUACACACGGGGCUUGGGCCAGCAGCAGAUGGGCUUCUGUGCUGCCCAUGAGGACAUCAACUCCCUCUGCCUGACCGUGGUGCAGCGGCUGGUGGAGCGCCGGCGCCUCUCCUGGAACUCCAUCGGCCGCCUGGAGGUGGGCACUGAGACAGUCAUCGACAAGUCCAAGGCCGUCAAGACUGUCCUCAUGCAGCUCUUCCAUGACUCGGGCAACACUGAUGUGGAGGGCAUUGACACCACCAACGCCUGUUAUGGGGGCACAGCCUCACUCUUCAACGCGGCCUCCUGGGUGGAGUCCAGUGCCUGGGACGGUCGCUAUGCUGUGGUGGUGUGUGGGGACAUCGCUGUCUACGCUACGGGGAAUGCGCGGCCCACGGGGGGUGCCGGUGCCGUUGCCAUGCUGGUGGGACCCAAUGCCCCGCUGGUGCUGGAGAGAGGCCUGCGGGGAACCCACAUGGAGCAUGCCUACGACUUCUACAAGCCGGACCUGGCCUCCGAGUACCCGGUGGUGGACGGGCAGCUCUCCAUCCAGUGCUACCUGCGGGCGCUGGACCGCUGCUAUGCCGUGUACCGCCGGAAAGCAGAGAGCCAGUGGCAGCAGGCUGGCACCAAGCGGCCCUUCACCCUCGAAGACUUCAAGUUCAUCAUCUUCCACACACCCUUCUGCAAGCUCGUGCAGAAGUCAGUGGGGCGGUUGCUGCUGAAUGACUUCUUGGCCGCUCCCAACCCUGACACAGCUGCUGGCCUCUACAAGGGGCUGCAGAACUUCCGCGACGUGAAGCUGGAGGACACCUACACCAGCAAGGAGGUGGAGAAGGCAUUCCAGGCGGCCAGCCAGGAGAUCUUCAACCAGAAGACCAAGCCCUCUCUGCUCCUGUCCUCCCGCAAUGGCAACAUGUACACGCCGUCCAUGUAUGGCUGCCUGGCCUCCCUCCUGGCACAGUGCUCAGUGCGGGACCUGGCCGGAUCCCGGAUCGGCGCCUUCUCCUAUGGCUCCGGGCUGGCCGCCAGCAUGUUCUCCCUCCGCGUCUCGCAGGAUGCAUCCCCGGACUCACCCCUGGACAAGCUGGUCUCCAGCCUGGCUGACCUGCCAGCUCGCCUGGAUGCCCGCAAGCGUGUGGCCCCACAGGAGUUUGCUGAGAUCAUGAAGCAGCGAGAGGAGACACAUCAUUUGCCCAACCACGCUCCCCGGGGCUCCCCGGAGGAUCUCUUCCCUGGCACCUGGUACCUGACGCGGGUGGAUGACAAGUACCGCCGGGAAUACGCCAGGAAGCCCAUCUAGAAGGAACCAGAGCAGUGAGCCCUAGAGAGGGGGAUGCCCUCCUCCCCACAAGCAACCAUGCUCACCCCCAAAUCCAGGACUGGCCUCCGCAGGAAACUUGGGAUGGCUGGGAAGCAGCUGGCAGCACCUUGGGGCCCUGGAGUUGGUGGAGAUGAUGGCAUUUUCUGCAAACACCCAGGCAGCACAGGGGAAUAAACACUCGGGUGAGAGGCGCAGCA